AUGCUCGAGGCAAAGAAUAUGACUGCCGAGGCUCUGCACUUCCUCGACCCAAGAACCCGAUACUUCCACGAGGAUGUCAACUUCAAAUACCUAGACCAUGAAAAAAAGAAGUGGUUUCAAUGUGGCCAUUCAUUAAUCUGGAGAAGAGGGUGUGAAGCCCAAAACUCAGACUGCUGCCCAAUCAGGGAUUGCAAUUGCCUAUAUGGAAGGAGGAGUAGGCCGUGCGAAAUAUGUGUUGGACGAGAACGACUUGAACAGGCAGCGAGGGACCAUGCACAGUUAUUGAGUAGUCAGGCAGAGACAAAGACUCCAAUCACGACAAAUAGAGAAGUCCAGAAAGAAGGGGAGGAUAGUGACAACAAGGCGGCUGGAAAAGAAAUGAGCGCUGCAGACAGGUUAGAGGCGGCGACGGCUAUGCUUCAGCUAAACAGCGAAAGUGAAAAAGAAGAAACAGUGACUCACGAAACCCAAAGCACCACAGCUCUUGAACUCUUAUUACAAGCAACACAAAUAGAUCAGGCAGAGAGUAUAUCCCCGGCACAGAAGGACGAAUUGGCUGGGACUGUUCAAACUCCAUAUGACAAUCGUGACAAGGAACCUGCUCAGAAUUAA